AUGAGUGUUAACGAUCUGAUCAAUCAAGCUGGAGAGUGGGAUCUCGAAAUGGUGCCGGAUGAAGGGAGGCUAACCAAUCGCUUCUCUCUGGUUGUCAAAGUAUUCUCUGAGCGAAGUGUUAGUCUAAGGGCAGUGAGGGGUAUGAUUCGAGCUGCUUGGGUGGAUAACCCCAAGCCAAGAGUUCAAGAAAUGCCAAACAUCCAACCUGUCUAUGAAAACGUGUUCACUCUUGAUUUUGAGAAGCAAGAAGAGAUGGAGGCAAUAUGGCUUGAACGACCCUGCCAUGUUUCUGGUACACUGAUGCAAAUGAAGAAGUUAUCUGGCCUGGAGACAGCAAGAGAUAUCAGCUUCAAGAUGGUGGAUUUCUGGGUGCAAAUCCAUAAUCUCCCAGAGGCGUACAGAACUGAGAGCAACAUAGCAAUGGUGAGCAGAAUGUUCCACCAAGUCAUAGAUAUCGAUCGUGCAGCCCUACAAGCACAGAUGUACAGGAAGUAUGUGAGGGUUUUUGUCCAGGUUGACACCUCGAGACCAAUCCCUGAUGGAUUUUACAUCCGCCAACAACAAAAGAGGAUUUGGGUUGAAUUCAAGUAUGAAAAGUUGUUCUCGUUGUGCUAUUACUGUGGGGGAAUAGAGCAUACCAGGCUGGAGUGCGAUCGGAGAAGAGCAGAUGAGGAGAAUGGGGCGCCGAUUCCAGAGAUCCAAAGAUGGGGACCGUGGACGAGGGCCAACUCACCGCUAUUCUCGCCCAGGACAAACCAGCAACAGGAGGCUGAAGUUGUUGUGAUCAGGGAUGCAGCUUCGACCUCUAAUUCCCCAGGUGGUGGCCAGACUCAAUCGCCGAAGACCGCUUCGACUGGAGCAAUCGACCAAAGCAAGCAGCCGGCGACCGCUUCGACUGGAGCAAUCGACCAAAACAGACAGCUGGUCCCACAUGCUUUUGGGACGCCGCCGGGUACAAAUCAAUCACCUAUAUCUAGCUUUGAUCAGAACUAUUCCCUAUCCCCUCAAACAGGUCUAUUCCCUACCCAAAACUUUUUCUCACCAGUUCCUCAAAGCUUUCCACUCUUUUCCCAGAACCUUCCUCUGUUUGCUUCCCCGCCCCAAGGAGAGGGAGUUGCUAGAAAUCUGUUCGGCUUCCCUCAAUCCCCAGUGUUACCUUUCCCCCAUACCCAAAAUACGACCCCACAGAUCCAUCAUGUGGGCUUCGGACUGCCCAGCCCAAACCCGCCUCCUAUUCAAGCCCAGACCCACUUCACAUUUAACCAUCAUUUCUUCCUCCCCAGCCCAAGUCGAGCCCAAACCCCUACUCGACACUUAGCAAUCAACCAGGACCAUAAAAAUCGUAAUAUUACCCCAAGAACCUAG